UUGGAAGACAGCGUGCAAGAUUCCCUGGGUGGCCACUGGCGUCUCCGACUGUCCAGGCAUUCCCCUUUGCUUGGCAUUACUCAAAAGCAAAGGAGGAGAAGGAGCAGGAAAAGACCGCACAGCUUCUACAUCAUGCAAAAGCUGCAAGUCUAUGUGUCCAUUUACCUGUUCAUGCUGAUCGUCGCCGGCCCCGUGGACCUGAGUGAGAACGGCGAGCAGAAAGGCGAUGUGGAGAAAGAGGGGCCGUGCAACGCGUGCACCUGGAGGCAGAACACGAAGUCUUCCCGAAUAGAAGCCAUAAAGAUCCAGAUCCUCAGCAAACUGCGCCUGGAAACAGCGCCCAACAUCAGCAAGGAAGCCAUCCGGCAGCUCCUGCCCCGGGCCCCGCCGCUGCGGGAGCUCAUCGACCAGGACGACGUGCAGCGGGACGGCGGCAGCGAGGGCUCCCUGGAGGAGGACGACUACCACGCCACCACGGAGACGGUCAUCGCCAUGCCCACAGCACCUGAUCUUCUGACGCAAGUGGAAGGAAAACCCAAAUGCUGCUUCUUUAAGUUCAGCUCUAAAAUACAAUUCAAUAAGGUGGUCAAGGCCCAGCUGUGGAUCUACCUGAGGCCCGUCAAGACGCCCACGACGGUGUUUGUGCAAAUCCUGAGGCUCGUCAAGCCCAUGAAAGACGGGACGAGGUACACGGGAAUCCGAUCCCUGAAACUCGACAUGAGCCCGGGCGCUGGCAUUUGGCAGAGCAUCGAUGUGAAGACCGUGUUGCAAAACUGGCUCAAACAACCCGAAUCCAACUUGGGCAUUGAAAUCAAAGCUUUAGAUGAGAAUGGCGGUGAUCUUGCGGUGACCUUCCCGGGACCGGGAGAGGAUGGGCUGAAUCCCUUUCUGGAAGUCAAGGUAACAGACACACCAAAAAGAUCCAGAAGAGAUUUUGGCCUUGACUGUGACGAGCACUCAACGGAGUCGCGGUGCUGCCGUUACCCUCUGACUGUGGAUUUCGAAGCUUUCGGAUGGGAUUGGAUUAUUGCCCCCAAAAGAUAUAAGGCCAAUUAUUGCUCUGGAGAGUGUGAAUUUGUAUUUUUACAAAAAUAUCCUCAUACUCAUCUGGUACACCAAGCGAACCCCAGAGGCUCAGCAGGCCCCUGCUGUACUCCCACAAAGAUGUCUCCCAUUAAUAUGCUGUAUUUUAAUGGCAAAGAACAAAUAAUAUAUGGGAAAAUUCCGGCCAUGGUAGUAGAUCGCUGUGGGUGUUCAUGAGAUUGAUAUUUGGUUCGUACCUUUCUAAAACAUGGAAGGCCUUCCCCUCAGCAAUUUUGAAACUGUGAAAUCAUGUGCCACAGGCUCUACGCCUACAGUAUGCGACAGUCACAUAAGCACACACCGCAGGACACGAACUAAAAGCGAGAAUAUAUGCAAUGAUUGGCAUUUAACCAUCGAAAUAAAUCGCACACUAGAAGCUCUAUGAUUCCCAGAGUUUUGAACUAGGAGGUAAAUUACACUUACGUUCGUAUAUUCAGCACGACACACGCGGGUCGAUGCGAGCAGCUCUCCUUGCGCCUAGUGAACGAAAGGGGUGCUGUAAAGUUCAUUGUCUAGAGUGUCAUUCAGUAGCCACACAAAGCCCAUAUGUAGUGUUGGUGAAAUGCAGCGCUGUUGUGUCCAUCCUUUAAAUCACCCUUACACGCUUGAGUUUAUAUUGUCUGCUAGAAUACUUGGUAAGAUGAAGUCCACAGAACUAGGGGUGGGACACGGUAUGCAAGCUCCCGUUCCUGUGUUCAUUGGUUCAGUACAGUCACAAUCCACGCCGAUGGUGCUAAUGCAACAGACCGAACGGCUGAUGUUACCAGGUGAUCAAGUGAAAACAUUCAGCAAGAUAAAGAGCUAUUCCUUUCUUCAGGCACACUUUCAUAGACCUCCAAAUGGGAAUGCGUUUUCUUUAGUACAAGAAGAACCAUUUUUGUAGUAUACUUGGAGAAACUGAUUUAUCUUAAAAGGUAGCCAAAAAGUAUUCAUUUCUAUCAAAAUUUCCAAAUUACAAAAAUUUAAAAAUGACAGCCUGCCUUUGCAACACUGCAGUUUUUAUGAUAAAAUCAUAAAAAUGACAGAUUCUAUCAAUAUUGUAUAAAAGACUUUGAAACAACUGCAUUUAUAUAAUGUGUAUACAAUAUUUUUUUGUAAAUAAGUGUCUCCUUUUUUAUUUACUUUGGUAUAUUUUUACAGUAAAGGCAUUUCAAAUUAAGUAUUAAGGCACAAAGACAUGUCUCAUAUGACAGAAAAGCAACUGCUUAUACUUCAGAGAAAUUAGCAAAUAAAAUAGUGGUCUUAAAACUCCAUACGCUAAUGGUUAGAUGGUUAUAUUACAAUCAUUUUCUAUUUUUUUACAUUAUAAACAUUCACUUAUGGAUUGAUGAUGGCUGUAUAAUGUGAAUGUGAAAUUUCCAUGGUUUACUGUCAUUGUACUCAAAUUUCAACGUUCCAUUAUUUUAGUACUUAUAAAUAUUACUAAGCAUACCAAAAUGACUGCAUUCUAUCACCUGAAAUACAGAAUAAUAAGCUGAUGAUAUCUUAACAAGAACUGUUAACUUUAUAAUUCAAUAAUGAAUAUAUUUCUGCAUAUAUUUACUUUUGUUUUGUAAAUUAGAAUUUUGUUAAUCAAAUUCAUUGUACUUAUGAUUAAGUGAAAUUAUUUCUUACAUGUAAUGUGUAGAAACAAUAUAAAUUAUAUUAAAGUGUUUUCACCUAUUCUGAAAGACACAACAGUUUUAUGUGAUGAGGAUUAAUUCUAGAUUUCUGGUUUUUACUUUAUUAUUAAAGUCAAAUGGUUCAGCACAAAAGUUUGCUUUGGGACUGUUAGGUCUGCUCCUCUGGCUCUCAUGAGUGAAAUUUCUGUUCAUUUGGUCCUAGUCAAGUUGCUUGACACACACAAAAGCAAGAACUAGCUUUAUCUGUUUCAUUUCUCUUUAUCGUGACCUGAAAACUAUUUAUAUGUUUUCAUAGGUUCAAUUUCCAAACGAUGGCAGUUGGCAGGGUGCGUGGUCCUAGAGUUACAGGCCUGCUGCAGCCACGGGACAUGGGAGGCUGCCUCGCUCCCUCGCACUCAGUGACCCCGGCACAUUCCUCCGGGCCGUGUGGCACCCAUUUCCAAGUGGAUUGAAAAACAAUGAUGAGGUGCCUGGGCAUCCGAGGGCAGCCGUGCGCCCGUCUUCCCGACCUGAAUCCCUUCUCCACCCCCGCAGUGUAGUGACGUGGCUGUCAGUAGUCGCAGGUGGUUAACAUGCCAUCUAGUGCCAUGGUUCCUAAAUGCUAAUUUGUCAUUCACAUGAAGGUAAUUUUUAACCUUCAGUGAUGU